GGAGGAAAUUUCAAAUUUGGUUCGUUUUCAAGUGGAAGCAUAAACCAAGAUGGCGGACGUGACAAGUCAACAAAUUCAACAAGAUUGGGAAAAUCGUGAAUUUAUCGAGAUUUUAUCUGAAAGCAUUAAGAAUAUAGCGAAGUUUUUGAAUAAUUUUGGUAAGUACUUUGUUUUACAUUUUAUUAGAUGUGUGAAUUUAGGGGUUUCUACUGAGAAAUAAUAUGAAUGUUGUGUUUUGGGUGUAUCCAUAUAUAAAAAUACUAGCACAUUCCAGUGCGUCUAUUGUGUUUAAAAAGAGUCAUUUGCCUGUUAUAAUUGUUUUAGAUAUGUCUUGUCGUGGAAAGCUAGCGAAAUUGGAUGAAAAGUUGACACUGAUGGAACAAAAAGUAGAAUAUAUCGAAGCAAGGGUGUGUGAGAAUUUUAUGAACAUAAUUACGUAUGUUGAUGUAGUGAAUGAGUGAAAUAACAUUUGAUGUAUUUAUUUGUGAUUUACAGGUAACGAAGGGUGAAGCACUCUCGUGAUGCCAGAAUUAAUGAAUUGAGAGACUAGAUAGAGACCACACAAGACAUUGUUUCAUAAGUAAUAGACAACAGUUAAGCUAUUUUAAGCCAAUGACGUUUUUGUAAACAUGGACCUCAACCGAAAAUUGGUCAAACCUUGACCUUGAUCGCGUUUUGCGGUCAAUCCUUGACCGCAUUUCGCAUCAUAGCAUUCGUGUCAGGAAGCGAAAAACUUUAAAAACUUGAAAAUCUUACGUUUAGUCGUAUGUGUUGAAAAAGAAAACGUCGUUUGCUUAUAAAGCUCCUUAAUAUGUAACGAACACCGAGUGUAAAUAACUAAUUGACAAUGCUUUUGUAAAAUACAAAUAUAAAAAG